AUGGACCCUCGCCCUGCCCUUGAUGACGAGUACGGUCAUUUCACCGCCAAGGGGAGCGAGCUUUGGCGGUACUUGAAGUCUCCCUCAGCAGCUGGAGAGCAUGCGAAGUCCCGGUUCGACCAGUGGGAGAUGUUGGAAGCUUACGGCUGGGUCGAGCAAGCUUCAUCGGCGAAGCAGGGUGAGGAUUUCGGCAUAAUUGAUGGCAUCGACCACAUCUUGCGAGGAGCCAAGGGGACUCAAGUGAUGUGGCGGCAUGGUACCACCAUCUCCAGUGAGGAUCUGCCGGAAGGUCAUGUCUACAAGGCCACAGACGCUCUCUACCAGAACGUCUUCUUGCCGGAAGCGGGCGUCAUCCUCGCCUUCGCAAACGAUGGUCUGGACUCGUCGGGCAACGAGGGACUCAAUGGGUUCAUGUGGGACGAUGAGAAGAACCACCUCACGCCUCUCAAGCACUGGUCCGAUGUUGCAUACCUCUCGUGGAAGAAAGCUGUCAGCGCCGAAGUCGCUGACAUCGGCAACCUCCAAUUCGUCCUGCGGCGGACCGUCAACAAUCAUGAGACGCUGGGCGUACUGACUCGCAUAUUGCGCGACAGAUAUCCGGAAGAAGAGUGGCGGUGGAUAGCGCCCUUCUGGCCUGACAAGGAAGUCAUCAGCUGGGACGACGAAGGGUUCAAGCCGAUGCUGUACACUCCAAAUGUCCGCGGCGCAGCCUGGCUGUUGAUUCAGCACAGUGAGAUCUUCAGAAAGAAGAUUAUCCGCUCGGUUACUGCAUACUUCGAGCGGGGCUGCGUCGAUGCCCAUCCGAACCUGCUCAUCGAGAUAGGUGAUCAGCCGAGCGUUGAAGGCGGGCGAUAA